CAGUAAACUGAUUUGAAUUGAAGCCUUUUCGAUAUCUACCCAUUAUUUUGUUCUAUCUUUAUUAACGUGAGUCCGAUUCAAAAGAUGUCUUCCGGAAAGCUUGUAGUAUAUCUUGAAAAUGCCACAGGCCUUGAUGACACAAAUUGGCUGACUGAUAUGAAUCCCUAUGUGGUCUUCACCUGCGGAACUGAAGAGAAGAAAAGCAGUACUGCAUCAGGCGAAGGAUCGUCCCCUGAGUGGAAUGAGUCUUUCUAUUUCACCAGUGGUUCUGAUGAGCUUCACAUCAAGCUUAUGGAUGAAAAUACUUUCCAAAGUGACGAUUUCAUAGGAGAAACAACAAUUUCCCUAGUGGAAGUGUUUAACGAAGGAGAAGUGGGAUCAACUUCGUAUGAACUUUACAAAGAUGAUGAAAAUUGUGGAUCCAUCAGACUUGGCCUCAGUUUCACUCCUGAGGAGAGGAGUGAAUAUGAUGAGGACUACUAGUUUACGCUGUCCAGCUCAAGAAUUUAAGUUUAUGGAAGGGUUAUUGGAUUACCCAUACAAGAAGAAAUAGUUCUAGGAAUAAAUUAUGAAAUAAUAUUGAAUUGGUUAGCUCAGUUAUCACUUUUGUGAUUUUUGUGCGAAUAACAUACGCAUUAGUUAUGCAGUAUUUUUGGUAUUAUUUCAAUCGGAAUUUAAUGGAGAUACAUGUGUUAGCAAAUAAAUGAUAUGUGUUAUCAAUUGUAAGUUAGUUGACUAAUGUUUCUUAGCCAGUUA